AUGGCACCGUGGUUAUCACUCGAGAAGGAACUAGGAGGCUGGAACCUCGUUGACAGUCACGGCCUCCAUCAAAUUGUGGAAAAGAUGGAUCGACCUCGCGAACGGUAUCCAUCGGUGCAGCUUUUCGUGGGCGGAAAGACCAAGGCAGAGGCGCUCCGAGCGCUGUAUCCCCACAACAGCUAUGGGCGGUCGAGUCGAUUCGGGCUGGCUCGAGUGCAUCUAUCUGAGCUUCCCGGACCGGAUCCGAUCGUCCUCAUUGAGAGCAGUUUACAGUCUCACUCCGAGGUGCGGGCUCCACGAGCGACCGUCUUGCGCCAGCAACCUGUAUGCCGAAGUCACGACUGUUCGCAUGACGAGGUCCGCAAUCUACUAUACCAGCAGGUCUUAUUGCCUAUGGCUCACACCGUGUGUCUCUUCCUGAACGAUCUCUCGAGCACAGACGAUAUCGAGGUGAUACAGAAGCUUCUCGUAGCCUGGCAGGUACCUUCGAACGGAAUAGAUAAAUGCCGAACGCCUCAACCGCAUGUGAUAGUAGUGUUGACGAAAGGGCCGGAGCGACAGGUGUCGGGCGAAAGCAUAGCACGUCGCCUCUCGUCCGCUACUGUCCCUCACGUAGCCGCCGCGAUAUCCGUUGUCGACCUGCGUGAUCGCGGCGAGUUAUCACGAGCCAGCCGAUUUCAGCCGCUCAAACACGCCGUGACCCGCCAACAAGAAGCAGCGCGCACGAUACGAGCGGAGGCCCGGCUUCUUUUCUCCGCCACUCAUCUGGAUGCACUAGCCCGGCAGUCCCUCAAACACGCGGCACGGAGGCCUACAACUCCACUCGAUUACAUUCAGGUGAGUCGACCUAGCCAGACGAAAGAAGUUUGCGCGGCACAGCAUCUGCAUAGCUUUUUAAAGCUUGCGGAUAGUAUACGCCUUGAACGGCAAUACGUGGCGAGGUGUGUUGCGUCCGCGAUGCUCAUGAACGCGUACCCUCCUGGAAUGCACGGUAAGCCAACAGGACACCCAAGAAGCAGAGCUCAACAACAAAUCCGAUACAUCGAAGCAUUAACACGGAACAGGAUUCGAUCCUAUCAGCAUGUUUCGCACAUUGUACGCGAAUGAUUGUAGAACCGCAUGUCUAACCUGGCCGCCAUCACCGGCAAACGCUUUCCGUCAGGCUGUCGAGCGCGAGUUCGCGGUGCUGUUCGCCGCACUCCAACAAGCACCAGGGUCGGCUAAACUCCGGGCCAGCGUUCUCCGCCAAGCUGCCUCCACCUGGUGCACGGUGAAGCCCAGCGAUAUCUGUCUCUUCUGUUUGCGGCAACCACCGGUGCACGUGCUACCCUGCGGCCAUGCGAUCUGUGACACUUG